ACGACUAAGUAGGCUACUGUAGUAUACACACUAUGCAGACCAAAACAUUUAUUCACCGAUUUGCCUUGAAAUGUUUUAAUAGCAUGCUGAUGUCUUGAGAGUGUUCGAAUUCAAGAAGUACUGACAUUCUUCCUAGAUUAAUACGAAAAAUGCCCAUUGUGAAAAAGAAAACCAUACUGAAUGACUUACAUAAUGCGUUCGAAACCAACCUAAGGAGGAAAUCUAGCAAAACGAUUCCUAUUCAGCUUGUUGGUGAUGAAAACAAAGAUAACAAUUCUCUGCAUGAUCCGUUAGAAACUAUAGAUGAAAAAAAUCAACAAACGGUAGCUGCUGCUAUUGAAUCUGUAGCGUCGAUAAAACCCGUUUCAAAACAAAAUGAAAGUACAGAGAAACAUCAAAACAAAGUUGCUGAAUUUCAAUUGCACAUCGCAUCGUGCAUCUCCAAAAUCGUGUCCUUGCGUCUAGCCAAGCUCGCUGCUAACGACGAGAAGAUUACUCAACUAGGAAUGUUCUUUUUUGACGAUUGCAGUGGUGCUAUAGAUAUUGCCAAACUUGUGCAGCUAAUCGAUAAGGCUCGAACAAAUUUAUCAAAAGAGCGAAAGCAGCUUUUCGUAGUCAUGAAGCGAUUUAAACGAAAUGGUAUGCAAAACUAUCAGCUCGACAAACAAAUGCAGGAUGUCAGCCUGGAGCAGUACUACGAGCUGAAAGCGGAAGUUAACCGCAUCGGAGAAAAACUCGAGGAAACACACAAACGGAUGAACAAUUCGCGGCAACAGUUUGAAAAUGAUGUAGCACGUGCCACUCACGUGCGAGAAAAGUUGUUUAACUCACAAAACCGAAUAGUGUCUGUAUUGCAGGACGUUUCUGGAGUAAAAGGUGACUUCUCUUUCUACAAACAAACACUGUGCGAUAGACUGGAGCUUAAAAAGCAGCUACGCAGGAAAAAUGAAUCCCUGAAACAACGUGUCCAUUUAUUCAAGCUUAUGCCUUGGUACGGACAAACCAAGAAACAGCUAGAGCUCACCAAAUCUUUUGUGAAAAAAUUUGAAUAAUAUACCGCCCGAAUUCAGAAGUAAUAAUCAAUAAAAAAAAACUGCAAUAUUUUAAUAACGCAGGGUAACUGUACCAGUUUUCGGCGCGCUA